AUGCAUACUGACGGAAACAAUGGGUCGGCGAACCAAGAUCUCUGCAGUACUCCGGGCGUCGUCGCAGCUCAGUCCAGGAAAAGGGAGAACAGCCAAGUCGUAGCGCAGAUUGCAUCCGCGGCCAAAGCAAUCCUCACCAGCAUUGGCGAAGACCCCGAACGUGAAGACCUCCGCAAAACGCCGGAGCGCUUUGCAAAAGCAAUGGCCUUCUUCACUCAAGGCUACGGCCUGAGGCCCGAGCUUGUUGCACCAGUUGACGCCCGCUCCAAGGUCGAGGGCAGCGACAUGAUGAUUGUGCGAGACAUACACGUGGCAAGUCUUUGCGAGCAUCAUCUCAUGCCUUUUGUUGGAACGAUGCAUAUAGGGUACAUUCCGAAGAGUUAUGUUCUUGGCUUGUCGAAGUUUGCCCGCACGGUUGAAAUGUACGCGCGACGACUGCAAGUCCAAGAGCGUCUUACGGAGGAAGUUGCAAGUGCGGUGCAGGCCGUGUUGGAGCCUGACGGAAUCAUUGUUGUUGCAGAAUGCUCUCAUAUGAGCAUGGUGAUGCGGAGUGUCGAACAGACCGGCUCUACCACCAUUACCCAGUGCAAGAAGGGGGUCUUCCGCUGA